AUGAGUUACAAUACAACAGCCCAGAAAAUGAAAACCGUUCUCCUUCUUGGAGGCAUGACACCUGAUGUCACUGUGCUCUAUUACAAUAUCAUCAACAAAGCCGUGCGAGUCCGUCUGGGAGUCCGAGCAGCUGCGCCACUAUACAUCUACAGUGCCAAUCUCGAAGAUAUGAUACAGCAUGCUAUGAACGAGGAUUGGUCAACCUUCACUUCAGUAUAUGCAGACCCGAUCAAGGCACUGAGCGAAAGAGUUGAUGGAAUCGCUGUCUGUGCCAUUUUAGCUCACAAAGUGGCCGCCCAGUUGUCAAACAUUCUUGCUACCUCAAAUGUGCCACUCCUUCACAUCGCAGACUUUCUUUCAGCCUACAUUACCCAGACUCACCCAUCAGUGAAGCGUCUGGGUUUACUUGGCCCUAAAAUUUCGAUGCUUGAUUCAGAAAACCCAGAUUUCUUUGCUGGUCGUUUACAGCAGGCUCGCUGCGGCUUGAGCGUUACUAUUCCCGAGACUGCGGAGGAAAUUGACAAGGUCAACAGAGGCAUGCUCGAGGAAGUGGCCAAGGGUGUUGAUUCUGUGACAGAGUCAACUAAGGCCAUGUUUAUAAAUCAGGCAAAAAAGCUCGUCGCUCGGGGAGCACAGGCUAUUAUACUUGGCAGCACGGAUCUGGGGUUCGUGGUGAGGCAAGAAGAUCUUGGCGACAUUCCACUCAUAGAACCGGCCGCUAUACAUGCCGAAGAGUUGGCACGGUGGAUUUGCGGUGAUGAAUAA